GCUGCCGGUGACCCCGCGUGAUAUCCGCCUCUUCCUGGUUGCCAUGGCCACCGCCCGCCGGCGUCCCAAAAUGGCGUCGCUGCUGCGGGAGGAGCUGUUCGAGGCGCGCGGGCAGGCCCCGGCCCCCAGCAAGGACUUCUGCCAGCUGCUCGUCACCCGCCGCCAGGUAAUUUUCAGGUGGUGGAAAAUCUCUCUUAGGAAUGAAUUUCGUGAAGCAAGACCUGGAGAAAUUAAAGAAUCCCAUCAGGAUUUUUUGGAUGAUUCAUCUCUUCAGAUUCAAAUUGCUAUAGUAUUUGGAGCCAAAGUUCUGGAACAUGUGCUCAAUCUGUGCCGAGGUAACUAUGACUUCCUGGAGCGGCUUCCUGUCCCAUUGCUCCUGUACAUCAUUUCCUUUCUGGAGCUUGAAGAUAUUGCCAGGCUUUCUCAAGUUUCACACAGAUUUAAAAUGAUAUGUAACAGUAACACACUAUGGGAAAGUAUUGUGGAGAACUUGUGUGACACACUUACGCCUGAAAUGAGAGAACUGGCACAGGAAAUGGGCUGGAAGCAAUUCUUCUUCACAAACAGACUUCAGCUGCAGCUGCAGCUCCGAAGGAGGCGGCAGAAACAUGCUGAUAAGGAAAAACUACCUGAAUAAAGAUGCAUUUUUUCAUUGAG